GCCUACCUGCACAUCGCAGACCAGCCGUAUGACAAGUCGAAACCAUGUCAACUCCCUCGAAACGACGUAAGAAGGACGACGGCCAACCAGUACGAGGUCUCGACUACUUCUUCGGAAAGCAGGCACAGGCGAAACAACCAAACGAUGAACCGAAGCACGACGCACUAGAGGCAGACACCAAAGAUGAGGAUCUCGACCACGACGUCCUUUCAGAUGAAGCACUCGCCCGGAAACUACAGGCAGAGUGGGACGAAGCAGAUCGAGCAGCCUCAGCUCCAGCUCCUACACCCUCGCCAUCGAAAGCAGUAGCCACUACGGAAGCAACAGACGCAGCGCCAUCAUUUCCCGAACAUGUCAAGCAAGAGAUGGACAUGAAGGAAGAGACACCUACACAGGCCCCGAUGCAAGCAGCCGUAAAUCCUUUCGCAGGGUUGGGCAAGAAGAACACCCUCUCGCUCCAAUCAGCUACCGCAGACGGUGACACCAUCACCUACGACAUCCCCUUCGACCAGAGCCCCCUCGCAUUCGACCCGCAAGAGUAUAUACCAGACUUGAAGAAGCAAUGGGUGACAGACAACGGACAUGCCACUUAUGCUCUGCUCACCCACUGCUUUGUCAUGAUCAACAGCACUCAAAGUCGCAUCAAGAUUGUCGAUACAUUGGUCAAUGCUCUGCGUGUGAUCAUCGAAGGAGACCCAGAGAGCUUGCUGCCUGCAGUAUGGCUUGCCACAAACUCAAUAUCACCACCUUAUAUCGACAUGGAACUUGGCUUAGGAGGUUCUGCCAUUUCAAAGGCCUUGAAAAAGGUCUGUGGACUGGACGGUCCGGGACUAAAGAAGUUGUCUGACAAGUAUGGUGAUGCUGGUGAUAUUGCGUUUGAAGCAAAGAAGCGACAAAGUUUGACUUUGAGGAAGCCUAAGCCGCUGACUAUCAAAGCUGUCUUUGACGCUUUGGUAAAGAUUGCAAGUGCAAAGGGUCAUGGUAGUGUAGAGGUCAAACAACGACUUGUGGAAAGACUCGUCCAAGACGCUAGAGGCGCAGAAGAGAGUAGAUAUGUCGUUCGUACUCUAGUGCAGCAUCUUCGUAUUGGUGCCGUCAAGACGACCAUGCUGAUUGCAUUAUCUCGAGCAUUCUUGCUAUCAAAGCCUCCUGGUGCAGACUUCUCGACUCGUGAUAGACAUGAGAUGGCCAAGCUAUCCAAGCAACAACUGGUCGAAGUAUAUGGCCCUGCUGAAGAAAUAGUCAAGGCUUGUUUCGCUCGACGUCCCAACUAUAAUGACCUAGUACCCACUCUACUCGAGAUUGGCGUCACAGAGGAGCUUUUGCUUCGUUGUGGUCUAGCAAUGCACAUACCACUUCGACCCAUGCUGGGAGGUAUAACCAGAGACUUGGGUGAAAUGCUGACGAAACUCGCUGGCCGCGAAUUCACCUGCGAGUACAAAUACGAUGGCCAACGAGCACAAGUCCACUGCGACUCGUCUGGCAAAGUCACAAUCUUCUCCCGUCAUCUCGAGGUGAUGACAGACAAAUACCCAGAUCUCGUUGCCUUGGUACCGAAAAUCCGCGGCGAAGGUGUCGACUCCUUUAUCCUCGAGGGCGAAGUCGUAGCUGUGGAUCGCGAGACUGGCGCUCUUCUUCCUUUCCAAACCCUGUCCAAUCGCGCGAGGAAAGACGUCAACAUCUCUUCCGUCACGGUGGACGUAUGUCUUUUUUCCUUUGACCUCAUGUACCUCAACGGCGAAGGCCUCAUGGACCGCCCCUUUCGCGAACGACGCUCUCUCCUCCGCAGUCUCUUCAUAGAACUGCCCCACCACUUUACCUGGGUAAAAAGCAUCGACGCCAUAUCCUCCGACGUCGAAACAAUCUCAGACUUUUACAAACAAGCCCUUGCGGACAAAUGCGAAGGCUUCAUGGCAAAAGUACUUGAUAAUCUCCCGAACCCAGACUUACUGGAUACUAUCAAUGAAGACGGAACACCAAAACCACCACCUACACCUUCAAAACGUAGAGCUACAAGGAAGCCCAAACCAGGCGAUAUACCAUCCUCACCCAUCCCCGAAGACACCUCCACAGCGGCACAGAAAAAAGGACGAAGGAAACCCCUGCUCUCAACCUAUGAACCAGAUAAACGAUUGGAUUCAUGGUUGAAAGUGAAGAAAGAUUACGACAGCAGUGCCUCUGAUACAAUCGACCUAAUCCCCAUAGCAGCCUGGCACGGCACGGGAAGAAAAUGCAAUUGGUGGUCUCCCAUCCUCCUCGCUUGCAGAAAUCCGGAAACUGGAGGGUUGGAGGCUGUUACGAAGUGUAUGGCUGGAUUUAGUGAUGUGUUUUAUAAAGCCAACAGAGCGAAAUACGAUCCAGAUGCUGGACUUGACGAAGACGACUCUGAUGCCGAUGCCGAAAACCAAAACGACAAAGACGAGGAAAAAAAAGUCACCAAAAACAACACAUUGGGCGCAAAACCCUCAUAUGUGGAAUAUCGCGGUCGACCGGAUAUAUGGUUCAACCCGCAAGAAGUGUGGGAAUGUGCUUUUGCAGACGUCACUCUGUCACCUACAUACACCGCCGCUAUUGGCCUAGUAUCAGAGGAAAGAGGGUUAUCAUUACGCUUCCCGAGGUUUCUAAAAGUUAGAGAGGAUAAAGGGAUUGAAGAGGCCAGUAGUAGUGAUUUCCUGGCCGAGCUUUGGAGGAAACAGGAAGCCAGGGCUCCUGCGACGGUCAAGGAGGAUGAUGAAGACGUCGAGGAGUAGAGGAAUAGUAGUAGUAGUACAUCCGGAUGAGAUGUGAUGAUCAUGAGAUCGGGGCACAAAUGAUAUAAAGGAGAGCAAAACGAUAUGGAAUGUAGGAGAGAUAUGUGCAAACCCUCUUCUCUUUACUAGCAACAGAAAGAAAAAUGUGUCCUC